GUAAUCCUGACCAAAACUAACGGAAUAGACAAGCGGAUUGUAGCCCAGAUUAGUCGUGUCCUCAGUCUUAAUAAAAAGAUAUUGAGGAAAAACAGCUUUGCUCUAUUCUAAACGCAUAGCAAAGGUAUUAAAUAGCAUACGCGCGAUUGUGAAUGUCCGCGCUUUGUUUGGCUUCUUUACCUUUUCCUUUUCGCCGUGCGUGUCAUUGCUGAGACAAUGGAAUCUCUUCGCUCUCAACGUCUACAGCCCGGGAUAGGAUCUGGGAUAGGAUCCGGAAUAGGACACGGGAUGGGAUAUGGAGCAGGGUCUACUGGUACUUUACGAUCUUUGCGGCCCGGUGUAACUGUACCAACCACCUCUCCGCAAUCUGCCUCGGCUCCCCUAUCUGUGUCCCCGGGACCACCGCCGCCUCCGCCGCCACUACAGUUCCACAGCCUCGGGUUGGGCGUCAUGGGCUCUGCUACUCUGGGGGCUGCAGGAAUGGCGAGUGCUGGGCUAUGCAAUCCAGCCAACCCGGCUGUGUUGCGGGAAGCAGUUGAUGCCGUUGUCAGAAGUUUUGCAAAACAUACGCAAGGAUAUGGAAGAGUGAACGUGGUGGAGGCUCUGCAGGAGUUCUGGCAGAUGAAGCAGUCUCGAGGGGCGGACCUCAGAAACGGGGCGCUAGUGGUCUACGAGAUGGUCCCCUCCAACAACCCCCCCUACGUGUGCUACGUCAGCCUACCCGGGGGAAGCUGUUUUGGGAGUUUCCAGUUUUGUCCAACAAAGGCCGAAGCCAGACGCAGCGCGGCUAAGAUUGCCUUGAUGAAUUCCGUCUUUAAUGAGCACCCAUCCCGCCGCAUCACGGACGAGUUCAUCGAGAAGAGCGUGUGCGAAGCUCUCGCCUCCUUCAACGGAAACCGAGAAGAGGCAGACAACCCCAACACAGGGAUUGGCGCGUUCCGCUUCAUGCUGGAAUCCAACAAAGGAAAGUCCAUGCUCGAGUUUCAGGAAUUAAUGACAGUUUUCCAACUGCUUCACUGGAAUGGAAGUUUGAAGGCCAUGAGGGAGCGGCAGUGUUCCCGUCAGGAGGUCCUGGCUCAUUACUCGCACCGAGCGCUGGACGACGACAUGCGCACGCAGAUGGCGGCCGACUGGGUAAACCGGGAGCAGGUGGUGGCGGGCACCAUCAACCGGGAGGUGGCGGCGACCGAGCGCGAGCUGGAGGACGCGCGGCUGGCGGGGCGCGAGCUGCGCUUCUACAAGGAGAAGAAGGACAUCCUCAUGCUGGCCGUGGGGCAGCUGGGCGGAGCCAACAACACAGCGACGCUGCCGCACGCCUGCUGAUUGGCUGGGGGAGUGUGGGGGGCGUGGCUGCGGUGUGGCGUGGCGUGAGAGUGUGUGGCGGUGGCUCUAAGGAGACCUGGAGCCACUCUGAUUGUAAGAGACAGUUUUCUUACUUUUCCUUUUUUUUUUUUUUUUGGAGAAAAAAACAAACAGAUGCAAGCCAAAAUAUAGACCAAUGUCUGUCAGUGUAACCAUCAAAAUGCCUAUAUCCAUUUGCUGGUGUUUUUAAGUGAAAUUAUGUUACGUGGACGUUGCCACAGUUGAAAUAUAUGACAUAUUCCUUCAGUGACAUCUUAGACGUGGUGCUCAGUGCUUAGAAUAUCAAUAUGUUUCUUUGGAUAUUGACACUGAUUGAGAGUCAAUGUAUCAGUCAGUAUACAGUAAAAAAAUACUCAAUCCGGCAUUGAACAUGUCUGAAGUUGUAAGUUGCAGUGUUCAGUCUAUAAUUUCCAACAGAGUAUGAGUACAUACUGUGGGAAAAAUAUACUGAAUCUAACCAAAACGAUAGUGCAUGCCAAAACUGGUCAAAGUUAGCAUUCAAGUUACUACAACCCACACCAUUUUCCAGUAUGCCAAACAAUCAAUUUUGUAGCGUUAUAUAUUUCAAAGUCUAUCUACCAGUAUUGUUUUUUUUGCAUUAAGUCUAAACCCAAUUCUAUUGAAUAACAUGCACUGUGCAGCAUGUUCAUGACCAAUUCAAUGCAUACAUUUGCUCUUUAGCUGUAGGUCAAACAGCCCUAUGAUCUCCACCAGUCGGGCCUGCAUUUUGAUGCACAUUAAAGAGCAAAACAUUAUUAUUAUUUUUUUUUUAAUCUAAGCAGUUCUAGGGAGAAAGUGCCCAAAGUCUGGAGAAAAAAAAGUGUAAUUUUUCAUGUCUUGGUUUUAAGGAGCAGAACUUAAAGCACAACUCCGAUGUUCUACUUCUAUGACUUUCUAUUGACCAAGCUCAUGAGUAUAUGGUAGUGUUGGUGUUUGGGGCCAUCUGGUCAGGUUUGGAGUGUUCAACAACAACCUGGCGGCAGGUUGAGGAAGACAAGAAAGCCAUAUGAACACAAGUGCAAUCAAUUUUCCUUUGCUUGCUUUUCUUAUGUCUUUGAUGUUAUAUUGCCUCAUGUAUUGUAAGGACUGCAACUACAGUGCUCUCUCUCUCUCUCUCUCACACACACACACACUCACUCACUCACUCACACACACACACACACACACACACACACACACACACACACACACGCAGGCACACACGCAGGCACACACACACGCACACCAAUGAAGACUUUUCAAACAGCAACAUAAACCACAACAAGAACACCAUGGCCUUGAUAUACAGCUAAACCCCAUCAUCAGCUGUAGUAACGUCAACAUCCAUGUCAUUAUCACGACAUGACAUAUUGCGAGGAGAAUGUAUCAUAAACGUUCUCAAGAAAAAUGUUCAAUUGUUUCUUAUUUACCUUAUUAUCUGCCCCCAUCCCCUGUAUUUAAUAUUUGCCACAGAUAAUGGGUAUAUGUGUGGAUAUUUCACAUAUGAAUAACGAAUGCAAACAAAUUGAGAUUUUUAAACAAAGAAACCAAGUGUGAUUCAUGACAUACUGACUGUUAUGUGACAGAAUCCCUGCCUCUGGUUUUUGUGACACCAAUUUCAGCAGUGUUGUUACAAUGUUUAAAUUACAGGACAUGUUUGUUUGUUACAUGUUUGUUACUAUUGUUUUAAAUCAUAUUUCCACUCAAAUGCCUAUUGUUUUAGAAAUGCAUGUUGAAAUAUCAUUUUGGAGAAGAAACAAUGUAUUCGAAUUUUAUACAGCCAUUUUUUAUAUUUUAUAUCACAAAUUGUAAAGCUUUUUAAAUCAAUGUAGGUUUUAUACAUAAAAGGCAACGAAUAAAGUAGCCCAAAUAAAUCUUGAUGUGUGAUUUGUUUUCAUAUAUGUGUAGUAUAUUAACCCUCUUCCCUCAUCAUUUGCUUUAUUAAAAACUGCUGAU